UACCUCAAUUCGAACGGUCUCCUUUUUACUUCCCAAAACGUUUAUAAAAUUGGACAACCCGUUGCGUCGUAUUAACUCCUUGCGACAUUUUGUUGAACAUCGUUUAAAUCGAAUUAAAAAUAAAUCCAAAAGGAGCCAGUCGUCGGUCUGUGACGCGAACCGUGGACGUAUAGAAAAUAUUCGGGGGUCUGAUUUUAAAGUCGUUUGAUUUUCAAGCCGUUUCAAUCCGUUAUUUCGAACGGAGCCUCGAGCAUUCGACUCGCGCCAUGUCGGAAAAAGAAAAGCAAAAGAAUAACCCACCCAAAAACAUCCCGAAAGAUGGGCAAGUAAUACUCGCCAUCAUGAAAGAAAUGGGUAUAACGGAGUACGAGCCCAAGACGAUCGUGCAGCUCACAGAAUUUGUGUACAGAUACGCGACAUCGAUUCUCGAGGAGGCCAAAAUGUACGCCACCAAUCCGAAGCAGAAAGUGUUGGAUGUGGAUGACAUAAAGCUAGCACUGCAGCUUACGACGGAGAACUCUUUCACGAUGCCACCUCCGCGCGAAGUGGUGCUCGAGUGCGCUUCGGUCAAAAACUACACGUUACUCCCCGCUGUUAAACCCCACUGCGGGCUCCGCUUGCCGCCGGACAGAUAUUGUUUGUCCUCGUGCAAUUACACCCUGAAGAGCGUCCAAAAAAAGGGGCUACAGAAAAACUACAAUGCUGGCGCGGGGGCCAUGUCAAAAAUGAUGCAAAAAUCGAACAUAAGCUUUUUGAAAAGGACCAACGCCGGGGCCCUCAAGCAGACAGUGACGAAAGUGAGCGGCGCCCCGUCCUUGCAGCAGAAAACUAUUUUAAAACCCAAGAUUCAGAUCACCCAGAACAUUCAGCUUGCCGGCUCCCCCACUGGCUCGGGCCACAUGAUGGAGAACAGCUUGAAGCGGAAACGCGAAGAGGAUUCCGAGUUGAUGCAAACUUGAGCCCCGUUGUGGCGCACACAGUGAUCCGUGAUUAUUUCUAGCCCGUGAUGCGAAACUUUAAAAUUUAGAUAUAUACGGAGUCCAUGGCAGUUUCGCAAUUACUUUAUUAUAAUUUGGGAUGGUUUCUUUUUGAACAACUAUGGACCAAUAAACCCUUCAAUAGAAUUUGGUCAGUUUAUUGUACGUGAUAUGUUUGGAGGUCAGUGGUUUGACGCUUCAUUCGUAUGACGUCAUAUUUGUAGUUUUGACUAUUCAAACCAGUCGCUGCCCCGUAAUUUCGCACUGUGUUUUGAUUUUACUAUUUGUUUUUAAAUUGAUAAAAAUAAUUGUCGUUGUUGAAUUAAAUAACCAUAAAGGUGUUGCAUUUUUUUUUUA